GCUGCUUUUGACCCUCCAAACCUGCCAUGGGCUUCUGGGUCAGAGCUCGGGGUCUCUGGCUUUAGGGGGCCUGGAUUUGGGCUUCUGACCUUCCCUCACCCUGACCCGAGGAUCAUGGAGUCCAACCUGCAGGGGACAUUCCUGCUGAACAACACGCCACUGGCUCAGUUCUCGGAGAUGAAGGCCCCCGUGUGCCAGUACUCCGUGCAGAACUCCUUCUACAAGCUCAGCCCUCCGGGGCUGGGCCCCCAGCUGGCCGCCGGCACCCCCCACGGGAUCACGGACAUCCUGAGCAGGCCCGUGGCCACGCCGAACAGCAGCCUCCUCUCCAGCUACCCCCACGUGGCAGGCUUUGGUGGACUCAGCUCCCAGGGGGUCUACUAUGGACCCCAGGUGGGGAAUUUUCCCAAGGCUGGCAAUGAGUACCCCACCCGGACCCGGAACUGCUGGGCGGACACGGGCCAGGACUGGCGAGGCGGGAGGCAGUGCAGCAACACCCCAGAUCCCCUGAGCGACAGCAUCCACAAGAAAAAGCACACCCGGCCCACCUUCACGGGCCACCAGAUCUUUGCCCUGGAGAAGACCUUUGAGCAGACCAAGUACUUGGCUGGCCCUGAGAGGGCACGGCUGGCAUACUCACUGGGGAUGACUGAGUCACAGGUCAAGGUGUGGUUCCAGAACCGAAGGACCAAGUGGCGGAAGAAGAGCGCCCUGGAGCCGUCGUCCUCCACGCCCCGGGCCCCGGGCGGCGCGGGAGCGGGCGGGGAGCGCGCCGCCUCGGAGAACGAGGACGACGAGUACAACAAGCCGCUGGACCCCGACUCAGACGACGAGAAGAUCCGGCUGCUGCUCCGCAAGCACCGCGCUGCCUUCUCGGUGCUCAGCUUGGGCGCCCACAGCGUCUGA